AUGAUAUCAACCGGUGCAAAUACAACAUCUAGAAGAAACUCAAUCACUUCGCUAUCUUCACUCAACACAAACAAUACAACUCAGUCAUCAUUCCACAACAGAUCACUAACUAGAGACUUGUCAACGGACAACUUACUUACAGUCGACUCAAGGUUUGUUCGGCAACCAGCCAAGAAAAAAAGACUACCACCUCCGCCACUAGCAUCACCCUUAUCAUCUACCUUCUCAUCAGCAACAGCUCCAGCUCCAGCUCCAGCUCCAACUGCAAUUUCAUCACCAAUGGUAAAUGGUAAUUACAAUGCUAAUGGAAUGAGGUCACCACCAAUGGCAAAUGACAUGAGUUUUCGCGCCAAUAGUAUGAACAGUGCCGUUAGUGCGAUCAGUGCAAAUAACUAUAACCACAACCACAACAAAAACAAAAACAAAAACAUGAGCAAAAGCAAAAAUUUGACCAACGCUGCACCUGCACCUGCACUUGCAGCGGCACCUGCAGCGGCACCCACAACAGCACCAAACAACAACUCAUUCUACUCGAGAGAAGGUGUUUACUAUUUUCCCAACGGCGAAGUCUUUAGACCAAGGACAGCUCCAGCAAAGAGGAACCGACCAGGAAAAGUAUCCAAGGAUAGCUCUUCCUCAUCUUCACCCUCCCCAAAUCCAAAUGCUAUGAGAUCCCCGCCACCUAUAAAUACAUCCAGUUUCACAGCUUACUCGCCAAACUCAGCAACUAGCAUUGGUCCAAACCCUGGUACUAUAACCCAUUUACCUUCACCCUCACCUACUCCCACUCCCUCAUCUGCAACAUCUGCAACAUCUGCAAGAUCCAUUCACUCUCACCAGUACUAUCCACAACAGCCACAGAUUAGACCAAACGGCUCGUUUACAAACAUUCCCAAAUCAGUAUCGCUACAAAACGUCAAACUUCAAAGUAAACAAAACUUGAGCAGAUCCCUUAGGGAUAACAAACAUGGUGACAUAAUAACCAAUAUUGUGAUUGAUGAUCCUGCGAAAUUGCCCUAUGAUUGCUACAAAAACUCAAACUCAAAUUCUAGCACUUCAAGUUUCAAAAAUACUGGAAAAUUGCAAUGUCAAAACACCACAAGAACUGAGCAACUGUUUUGCAACGCCUCCUCUUCGAUGUCUUCGUCCGAAUCACAGCUGUCUCAUUUUGAAAAUUCAAUCAAUCGUACUGAAAGUAACACCCCAUCAACUUCGAUAAGUGAAGAUCAAUUACAUCAAAUCCAGCAACAAAAAGAACAAGAGCAAAGAGAAGAUGAAGAAGGGGAACAAAAGAUGAGAAUAAAGAAUGCAAAGCAGCAGCAAAAUCACCACCACCAGCAAAUAGGGAAUGCAUCACACGAAGUGGGGAAACACGCCACACAAAAUAACAACAUGCAAGACCAAUAUAUUGACAGUUUUCAAAAUUCAGUGUCGCAUCCAGUGUCGCAAAUUGAAAAAGACAGCUCAAUCACGGAAAAAGAUGCUACGCGAUUUGUGAAUCCUGAAACUCACCAAUCUGCUGUGCCAAAUCAUGCAAGUACUGCAAACGAUCAAAUGCACGAAAGUAAUUUAAGGCAAAUUUCUGGAGCCAAUGUUGAAGACUUUAAUACACAUGUCAAAAUACCCGUUUCCAGCGGGAAUGAUUAUUCGAGAAACUACAAUACAUCGACAAAUAACGAAAUGUGUAACAUGCAUAAAACAAACACGGCCACAAGUAAGGCAGACUCGCAAAGUGCUGGACGCUUGGUCGAGUCUUCAUCCGAAACCACUUUACAAUUGAAUCAAUACGAGCAGAGUGGACAAAGUAAAACAAAUGGGAACCAACUUGAAAAGAAAGAGGAAGAGGAAGAGGAAGAAAAAAAAGAAGAAGAGGAACCAUUAAGAAAUCAAAAUAACAAGCUUGCGGAUAAUGCAGUGCUUAUACCCGAUGAAAAGACUUUUCACAAUGAGAAUUCAUUAGAUUCCCUGAUUAGUGGCGAGUCAACAAUUCAGUCCAACACUUUGGCUCUGCAAAGUCGUGAUGAUUUGAAAGACCUUGGUGCACCAAAUCGUUUUCAAUCAUCAGCAUCGUCAAUAGCCCCUGUUAACGGUGCAUAUUAUAAAUCAACCAACUCUAGUGAGGCAGAUAUUUUCAAAACGCCUGUGCAGACACCAGAAAUGGAACCAUCCAAUCAGUUUGAAACAAUCAGCGUUGGAAUAGCCAAGGAAAAGCCCAAAUCCCCAAUCACGCCUGUGGAUCAGAUUACACCAUCAACAUUGGCGCAAGGUUUCUCUUCAAACAAUAGCUCCGAGACAAACUUGAACCUUGGAGCCCGUAAUUCAAACACAUCCAGACAAACGACACCUAAAAAUGCAUCUGUAAAUGCAUCCGCAAAUGUCUCAACUUCUACAUCAGUGGAACAAUUCCAGUUCAAGCCACCACAAAUGCAUUCUCAAAGUCUGCUUGCCUCUCAGGCAAAUAAUCAAAUGCAACAGCAUCAACAACAGCAACAGCCGCGUAAUUCUCCUGAUAAUAUCAAUAAGCGCAAAAGUCAAGCAAGUCUACCCGAACCAAAUAUCGAUAACGAGUCAUUUGUGGAUCAAUACUUGUAUAAUUCACCACCAGAGCUGGUGAGUUAUCAAUUAAAUGAGCUAAUUAUGACUCAUAAUGAGCCUACACCGACGCAACAGAAGCUGCUGGAAACCACUCCCGUGAGUACACCCCAGUUGUUACGACAUUCAAAUCAGGAAUCAAAUAUCACCGAGCAAGUUGUACAUGCCAAUGAUGAUCGAUUACUUGAAUUUUUACCCUCGCCAACUAGGUCAACCCCACAAACGCCGCGAAGCUCAAGAUAUUUUGAUAUUGACUCCAACACCAUAGACAAAUUUGUUAAUGAUACGCAAGCCGAAGUUCCACCUCGUGGAGAUGUCAAGGUAGUAACCAACAAACAGAAACGAAAUUUCCACCAUCAUCGACAGGGAUCAUCCGUUACUUCAGCAGGUGAAAUUUCCAAUAGUUUAAGGAAAUCAUUAGAAAACAACUCAAAUAAUGAAAAUAGCAAUCAUUCUUCUACAAACGAGGCUGUUACUUCUACUCCAGUUCAAGAUCAUAACUCGUCUAAAGACGAGGAUUUGUCAAUAUUGCCUCCUCCGCCUCCAAUUGAAAAAUCACCAAAUAUGAGAGUUAAGGGGAGAUCCAAAAAGAGUAAGAAGGAAGGCACAUUUAAUGGCAAUGGAAGCGUUAGUGAUUUGAGCAUAGCUACUAGUUCUAUUGGUGUUCCUACCAGCGUUAGCACUCCUACACAUGAUGUUGGGGUAGCAAAUGUUGGUAAUCGAAACAAGGACACAUCAAAUACAAACGCAAACGCAAAUACAAAUACAAAUACAAAUUUCAUUUCCAGUACACCACGACCUGCGCCACCACGGCCAACGGGAUCUUUUGCUAAUGCUGCUACAGAUGUUGAAAAUUGUUCUCGAAAAGAAAAUUUUGCUCAGCAGACGUUCAAGUCUUUGCUUCUUGAUGAUAACGAUGCGAAUACUAAAACUGGUCAUGUUGCACAUAGCGUGCCAAAUAAGCAAUUGAAUAAGAUGCCGUCUUUACCAAAUAUCAAGACUCGUUUGGCUAAGAAGCAACCACCUCCUUCCAAUUUGUCAAGUCAACCUUCAUCCACUCCACCGCAACCUGCUCAUCCGCCACAAGCUGUGCCUCAGCAAAGAAGUGCGCUGCAAUCACCAAAAAAGAAUUCGACACUACGUCAAGCAUCUGCAUCAACAGCUAAUUCUGCACCACCUUCAGCACCACAAUUCCAACAGCUGUCAACCCGGAAAACUCUGUCUGGUAACUCCAACUUUAUAUCUUUUUUCAAAAAAUUUGCACCAGUAAAGGAUAAGAGUCAUAUGGAAAAGUCGUCAUCAACUCUGUCCUUUAAUUCCAGUAACUCGUACAUGUCUAACAAGUCAAAUAAAUCACAACUGCAGACUUCAACGACAGGAAGCAAGUUUGGUAUACUUGGUAGGUUUAUCAGGGGCGGUGAUCAUCUGAACUCGAAUUUAUCAAAUAAUCAAAACCAGGAGCAACAAAAUAGAAUGAGCGUCAUCAGCGAUGUAGCACCAUCGUUGAAAUUGGGUACAUUACCUGACUUUGAUUUUGAGCCAGAAGAGGAUGCUGGAUUUUUAGAUGAUAUGAUGCUUACUUUCGAUGAGAAAUUUGAAUCUGAAUUAAUUGCAAGUCAGCCAAGAAAAGAUUUGGUUAAUUUAACCACCUCUAGCACUAGCGACCCAUUCAUGAAAGAUGACGAAUUGACUCGUGCUCAGAUUGUUGACCAGCAAUUAAUGGAUGAAGAAGACGACUCUGGUGGUGCAAAUAGUGAUGAUAGUACAGAUCACACAAAGAAUGUGAAUGCAAAUGAAGGAACUGGAACGAUGGGAAGCUACUAUAUGGAUGAAAACAUUGAAUAUUUGAGAAACAAUUAUGUUUGGCCUACUUUGGACGAUGUUACAGAGGAGAAAGAACCCGUAAAUAGGGAGCAUGAGGCAACUCAAACAGACGACAAAAUUGAGUCACAGAAUGAGAUACGCGAUGGAAAUGUUGCUGGAACUACUCCACCUACAACGGUAGACACAUCCACUCGGACAAGUGACGAUAAUGACAUCUCCACCGUCAAGAGUCCUGCACAGCAAUUGGAGGAUCAAGAUGCUGAUUCAUUUAAAGAAGGUGAUGAAACUUUUAUUAGUUUAGAUUACCAGAACAAUGAGUCAAAUGAGCGUGGUCUCACAUCUCCGAUAGCAGACACGGUGCUAUCAUCGAGCUCUACGUCAGCAUUGCCUAUACCAUCGGCACCCCGUACUAUAGUGAUUGAAAAUGAUGAAUUGGAAUAUAUUGUAAACAACUUGAGCGACGAGGAGAAAAGAAAUCUUCCUCCGCAUCUCAAAUAUAUCAAACAAUUUGUUGAUUUCCGUUCAAUUACCGUUGAAUUCAACAAAUUCCAAGAUCUUGAGAAUGCUCCACUACCAACUAGCACCGAUGCAAGGAACAAAUCAACAUCAUCGAUAUUACGUCGCAGAAAGACAUUGGGCCGUCAAGGAAGUAUUAUUGGACUUGGUAGAUCCAAACUUAAUGGCAGCGGCAACAAUAGCAACAAGACGAAAAGCAAAAAGAGAAGCAGUGGAGCACUGGUAAGUUUCACGGAUAGGAUUGUUAUAAACGAGACAUUUUCAGGUGACGUUUACAAAAGGUACAACAAGAGUGUAACACAAUAUAGCUUGAGUGAUCCAAGAGAGAUUAAUAGGAUAAAGAACGAGGUCAAUUGGUACAAAUGUAAUGAAAUGUUAGUGCAUGAAUUGUCACAAGAUAACACCCAUUUUUUUUACUAA